GCCACGUGAACGUCAUGAUCAACUUGUCAAAUCUGACAGCUGUGGUCAACAUUUUUAUUUCUAACCUACAUAAUACAAAGGAUAUAAAAUAAAAGGAUAUAAAAGUUACAGCUGAGCAGCCAUUCGAAGUAUAUAAAUAAAAACUGUGAUAAAAGUAUUUUUCGUAUUCAAAGUUUAUAAUUAUUGCCGAAUAGAUAUGUCUAACAAGUUUGAAACCCUGAAACAUUACCAUACGGACAGAGACAAUGAGGACGACGCCAGUGGCGAUGAAGAAAUAGGUCCCAGUAUCACAGACUUGGGCCCUGUGGAAUACCCGCCAGGUGAACACAGGUUACAACAUCCCUAUUGUUUAUGGUUUUCUAGGAGACCCUCACAAAACCAAGGCUCUCAGGGAUACAGUCAGGCCUUGAGGUUAGUUGGUCAGGUUGGGACAGUAGAGCAGUGGUGGGCAUUAUAUUCACAUAUUGUUAGAUUACAUGACAUACCAGCCCAUAGAGAUAUACACCUUUUCAAAAAGGGUAUUAAACCUAUGUGGGAAGAUCCAGCAAAUAAAAAGGGUGGUAAAUGGGUGAUAAGACUUCGGAAAGAACAAGCAGCCAGAGCUUGGGAAAAUUUAUGCAUGGCGAUGCUGGGGGAACAAUUUGUGACAGGGAAUGAAAUAUGUGGAGUAGUAGUGUCGACUCGAUAUCAGGAGUACCUUUUAAGUAUUUGGAACAGAACUGCCUCAGAUACAGCGACCACAAGUCGUAUACGGGAUGCUCUGAAACGUUUGCUCAACAUACCACUUACAUACACCAUGGAGUACAAGACGCACAAUGAUUGCCUUAAAUAUGGGGCUGCAAAAACAGUACCGAAUAAUGUAUUGAAAAGUUGACUGCAUUUUUUUCGUUAAUUAUAGGUAUGCGUAUUUUCAAAAAAAACUUGUUUUGUGUGAAUAAAUUGUACAUUGUAAGAUU